GAUAGUGUAUAUACAUUCAAACACUCUUUAUUUAUUUUUAAAUUACCAUUAAAAUUAUGCAAUUUACGGUUGGGAGGGAUUGAUUAUAUAAUAAGCGAAUACAUAAUUUGGUGUCUGGCGGUUACGAGCAUCAAAUAGUGUUUGUCUACCUUUGAGGAACAGAUACGUGUUUGUUUUAAAUCAAGUAUGAUUCUCAUUUUUCUUGCGAUUAAUUACUGCUUUUCAGGAGUGCUUACUUUGGAACAAUAUGUAACAUCUUCAUUCGAGAUAGAAAAAGUAUCUUUGAUUCCUCAAGAAAGUGUAACAACAAUUAUCCAAAAUAAACAGUCAUUGAUUUCGUGCAGUUAUCAUUGUCAUCAGCUUGCAAUGUUAUCGUUCUUCUUCAUUGAGAGUAAUUCAACUUGCUUUUGUAGCUCUGGGGUUGAUAAUAACAUUGACAAAAAUGACAACGCUGGAAUUGUCCAUGGAAUAAGCACACAAAAGGUGUCGACAUCAUAUAUACAAGAAGGCGGUCAAAAAGUAAAAGGAAUACACAAACAACCAGAGCCGAUUGACUGCCUAGCUCUUUUUCAACAAGGAUAUACCGAAAACGGGUUGUAUGUGAUCAAGCCAGAUGUAAGUUCUAAUAUCACUGAUGCAUGGUGUGAUAUGACCAAUGGUGGCUGGACGGUUAUACAACGUCGACAAGACGGAUCUGAAGAUUUCUAUAGAAAUUGGGAAGAAUACAAACGUGGAUUCGGAAACAGAACUGGCGAAUAUUGGCUUGGCUUAGAAAGUAUUUACUAUCUAACAAGAAGCAGUAGUUCACUACAUAUAUACCUUGAGACAUUUAUGAAUGACAAUGUUGAUCCAGUGUCUGCUUUUGCUGAAUAUUCGACCUUCAGAAUUAAUGACGAAAAUGAUAAAUACCGAUUGAUAGUCGCAGGGUAUAACGGCUCCUGUGGUGACUCAAUGUCGCAUCAGAACGAUUGCCAGUUUACAACUAUAGACAGUGAUAACGACAAUUAUAACACAAACUGUGCAGUAACAUAUGGUGGAGCUUGGUGGCACAAAGCAUGCCAUAGGUCGAAUCUAAAUGGAUUAUACCUAGACGGAGCGGAUACUGAGUUUGGUCUAGGCAUAAAUUGGUACACAUGCUGGGGACAUUAUUACUCUCUAAAGGAAACUGAAAUGAAGAUCAGAAGAAAUAUUUAAAUCAAUUGGUCAAUUUAUUUGGAUAAUCCAUUUAUAUUGAACAUAUUUUACUUCUUUCAUAAAAACUAUACAUCUUACAGGAAAGAUGAGCAUUUUCCAACUGGUGAUUUGUAAAUAGAUAAAACAUGAAAACUAACGGGACUACAUCAAUCACGAACUAUUCAGAGUAUAUUUGAUAAAGCUAUUUUAACGUCGACGGUUCAACCUAUGUGUGGCAAAACAUGACAACAUAGCUGCUGAUCAGUUUGGCUAUUUAUUUAUGAUAUUUGUGUUUCACCUUUACUAGAACCAUCUACGGAAUAGUCAUUAGAUAUAUAAUAAGGACUAAUUAAAACAACAAUUUUCAUCAAACGAAUCAG